CCGCUCUUCCAAUUUUGUCGAGACUCGAGUCUCUUCUUCUCUUCCUAAAACCCAGAGUCUCUGAACCAAAUCAUUUCAAAAUCUCUUCCGAUUUGUCUGUUAAUUUGUGGAAGAAAAUGGUUCGUAUAGAAAUGGAGGAAACUGAGGACGCAGUUCCCAGUCCUCCGAAAGCCUCUGCAUCGACCACAAAAACGAUGGAUUCAAGCGGCGGUGCUUCAACAUCUAAUGCGACCAAAGACCCAUCCGAUGGCUUCGAGACUGCCAGCGAUGGGGAGCUUGGUGACAGUGGCGAUGAGCGGCAAGAGCAUCCUGAUCAACAUCCACAAGAGGAGGAGAAAAUUCCCGAGCUCACCGAGGAUGAGAUUAAAGAGAAAGCCUUGGCUGAAGCAAAUAGUGCAAAGUUAGCGGGCAAUAAACUGUUUGGAGAAGGGAAAUAUGAGGAGGCUAUAUUAGAGUAUGAUCGUGCUUUGCAGAUUGCUCCAGACAUGCCCUCUGCAGUGGAGUUACGGUCUAUAUGCCAUGGAAACCGUGGCGUGUGUUUUCUGAAACUAGAAAAGUAUAAUGAUACGAUCAAGGAAUGCACAAAGGCAAUUGAACUGAAUCCUGCAUAUAUCAAAGCUUUGUCUAGAAGAGGAGAGGCUCAUGAAAAGCUUGAAAAUUUUGAGGAGGCUAUUCAUGAUAUGAAAAAGAUAUUGGAAUUGGAUUCCUCAAAUGUGCAAGCUAGAAAAGCCAUUUGUCGCCUGGAACCACUGGCUGAACAAAAACGAGAAAAGAUGAAGGAGGAGAUGAUUGGAAAGUUGAAAGAUGUUGGCAACUCUUUGUUGGGUCGCUUUGGUAUGAGCGUGGACAACUUCAAGGCUGUCAAAGAUCCCAACACUGGUUCCUAUUCAAUUUCAUUCCAGCGAUAGUUUGUCUUAUACUCGAUUUGUCGAUUUGUAUUUACGUCCAUCGUAAGAGAAAAGUAUACGAAAAACCGAUACCCGUAUGAACUGGGGCAUUGUUUAUUCCUGGAUUUAACGAUUAAUUAUAUAACUGAUGGUAGUGUUUGAAUUCUGGGAUAUGGUUUACUUCGUUUUGCAGAUGGCAAAUUGGUGCUGUUUUCCUGUGGAUGGCACGUUAUUUAUUGGUUUAUGCCUUGUGAUUGUGGACUCUAUUCAUUUCUCUUCAAUGACAAAGGUGUGAUGCAAGCUUUCUUCUAGA